AUAUGAAACCAUUAUUUCGCAAGCUUACAAAAAAUCAAUUUGAACAUUAUCAUUUAUCAAUAUUACACUCUCUUCCACACAAUCAAAUUUCCACACAACAUGGCUGAACCUCACAAAAUGUUGCCUAUAAAAAUGGUCCAAUUCUCCCUUUAAUUAACAUCAAAACACACACACACAUUUCUUUUAAUUUUUACAACCUUAAUUAACAAUGGCUUCCAACAAGCUUAGUGCACUAAUUAUAUUGUUUUCUCUUCUUGCUUAUUCAACAUUUUCUCAUGCUUGUGGUUCAUGCAAACCAACUCCAUCUCCAAAACCUAAGCCUAGCCCUCCACCACCUUCACCUAAGCCACCUAAGGCUUGUCCUCCUCCACCUACUCCUUCAAUAACACCUACACCUCCUUCAACAUCAAAAAAAUGUCCAACUGACACAUUAAAGCUAGGUGUUUGUGCUGAUGUUUUAGGACUUGUUAAUAUUGUUAUCGGAUCUCCUGCUUCAAGCAAGUGUUGUGCAUUGCUUCAAGGUUUGGUUGAUUUGGAUGCAGCACUUUGUUUAUGUACUGCUAUUAAGGCUAAUAUUCUUGGUAUCAACUUGAAUGUUCCUAUCACACUAAGUCUCCUACUUAGUGCUUGUGAAAAAUCUGUUCCUUCCGGUUUCCAAUGUCCUUAGAAUUUGAUCAUGUCAAAAGUACUUCAAGCCAUAUGCUUAGUACUUUCAUUGCUGUUUUAAUUUUAGUUAAUAUGUUUAUGUGUACAAUAAAAAUACAGUGAGUUUAACGAAAUUACAGUGACACUAUGAUGUUGGAAAAACUUUGAAGUGUAGCUUUUGUCAAAAUCACGGUGUAUCUUUGUGAUUCUCCUAAUAAAUAUGUAACUAAAUCUAUUUGGGAUGAGUUUCGUUUUAAUAAUAAGGUAAGCCUGUUUGCCUCAUUUAGCAACUUUGCUUUUUAAUUUUAAUAAUAUUUGGGGAACUUUUAUUUGAUGAA